GUUACUCACAACGUCGGCUGCAUGUCACAACAACCAGAUGGUAUGGUUACACGCCACGCCAACAAGUGGUGUGUCGGUGCGACUAAAUAUGCGAAACUGAACAUUGCUCUGUAGAGACAGACUUCUUCAUGUGUGAUAUGGGAUUACAGCAUGACAAAUGUCUGACUCCAAACUCUGGCUGCUUAAUAGCGAGGGCAAAGUGUUCACUUUGUCACCACACUCCAGGCACCUUCAGCAUGUGACAGGGCACGGGGUAGGGAGAGAGUUUAAGCGGGUAUCGGCCCUUCCCCAGAGCACCUGGGCCCUAGGCAGUGACCACCGCCUCUACGUGUACGUCCCUUCCUCAGAUAUCCCAGUGCGAGUGCAGGAAGUCACCUAUGAGAAUGAGCGAUGGACUCCUGGUAUUGGUUGGUCUGGGAGAACUGUCAUACCAGCUGCACGCAAAAACUGGAGUGACGUCAAUGGACAAGGCUUCCUACCCAAGGAAAACUUUGAACUCCCCAGUCCUAACUGGGAAUGGGAAGGGGAAUGGCAGGUGGAUGAAAACAUGGGUGGAGAAGUCAGUGGACUGGUGGGAUGGCAGUAUGCUGUCAACUGGUUGUCUAAAUUCUCUGCAGAACAGACAUGGAAAACUUAUGUGCGUCGGCGAAAGUGGGUUCGUUACCGUCGCUAUACCUGCUCCGAUAGCUGGGCUCAGGUUGCCACUUUGGGGGAUGAAAUGGGUGACCCUGCGGAAUUGUUUUUAGAUGUGUCUGUUGGAGGCCAGGACUUAAACUGUCAAGUGGAGGGGCAGCUGUGUGUCUGGACAGUAUCAAUCACUGGACAGGUAGUCUUCAAAGUGUAUGUGAGACUGGGUGUCAAUGCUGACUGCCCUGAGGGCCGUACCUGGCAUCCCAUAUCUGUGGAUCUCUGUGGAGGGACAGGUGUGACAGAGGUGUCCGUUGGCCCAUGUGGUCAGGUGUGGCUGAUUACGUGGGAUGGUCAAACAUUGGUCAGGACAGAUGUCUCAUGUGAAACACCUUAUGGUACAGACUGGGAGCAGGUGCCUGGGCCAAUGGGGAACCCCCUCCUCCACGUAGCUGCAGGUACACAGGCUGUGUGGGCCCUGUCUAGGGAUGGCAAGAUAUGGUUUUGGAAGUCACAGACAGAGGGGCUUGAAGGAAGCUGGAUUGAGAUGGUUGGAGAAAUGUCACUGCUGUCUGUCAGUCAGAAUGAUCAAGUGUUAGGCAUUGGUCUGGACGACACAGCAGUCUACAUUCGUAGCAGUAUCACCCCAGAGCUGCUGACUGGUAAAACCUGGGAGAAGCUCUCUUUCCUGGAACCUCACAGGGAUGGUCUGCCGAGGAAGCACAGGUCCUGGAUGUCUGACAGUACCCAUUUGUGCUCACCUGUCACAUACCACCCAUCACACAGAUCUCAGGUACUCAGUAGUCUCCAUCAGCCUCACUCAGCAAGGCCUCACAGUAUAUCUGUGUCAACCAGUAAAUUUCUUCAGCAGGGAUUGGUUAAGAACAAAUCAGGUGACCAUCAGCCUGUCAGUCUUAGUCAGUCUCUACCAAACAGACCUCUUAGGUCACAUGACACUAAGACAAACUCCAAAACAACCAAUAGAAAAAUGACAGGUGACUCAGUGAGUCCAAAUCAUCAGACACAUCCAAAGGGUGGGACGAGGCCAAAGGAUAAGACGAGUUCAAAGGAUGAGACAAAUCCAAAGGAUGAGACGAGUUCAAAGGAUGAUACGACUCUAAAGGAUGAGACGAGUUCAAAGGAUGAUACGACUCUAAAGGAUCAGACGAGUUCAAAAGAUGAGACAGUUCCAAAAGAUGUCAUAUUGCAAAACUGUUCACUGAAAACUACACAAAUAAAGUCAGAAGGAAGUGUGGACUUUGACAGUUUAACUUCCACAAGCUCUGAGUGUGUGGAUUUUGUCACAGACCUCUUAUCUCCACAUGAAAAAGAACAGAUUUAUGUGACUUCAGAAGAGGAUGAGACAUGUAACUUUGUGACUGAUUUGUUAAACAGUCAGGAUGAUUUGGUGGAGUGUUCAGAACCUACAGGCCCUGACCUGGAAUCUACCUUAACCAAUGAAGAAACACUGGCACAUCAAAACUGCUCAGCUGAAAAGACAGAAGAGAAUUCGGGGAAUGACCUUGAAAAUGGUGACCAGGAAAGGUUAGACAGCAAUGCCGGGGAAAGUGUGAGUGACCUUGAGAGGUCAGAUAGCAUCUCCAUGGUUACCAUGAACUGGAUCUGGGUCAGUGCUUGUGCACUAAACAUUGCCGACACAGCUUCGUUACCAUGGUUACAGUCAAAUACAAACAUCGCUGACACAGAGGCGCCGCCUAUUGACCAAAGCUUGCGAAACAAGCUGCUUCAGGAGUUGCGCUGGAGGAAUGAGAUGCUGGAGUUAUUCCAGGGCUAUGAGGAGGCUGUGGAGAAGACAGUGUGGGUGAAGCGUGGACAUCUUCAGAUUAGGCUCAGAUGUAGACGAGGAAACGACUGGGCCAGUUGUGAGCUAGAACUAGAACAAGGCCUUCGCAGACACAAUUCACAAAGUGGUCUCCUCUUUCUACACUUCACACAGCAAGGAAAACAAAUGCAUGUGCAGCUGUCCUUGGCAGAUAUUGUUUGUGUGCCUCGUAUCACAAUAAGCAACUACAAAGCUGCUUUCGCAAUUUUUCUGUCUGAUGCUGUAAAAUCAAAGGAAAAGCCAUACAUUCUGUCAGCAGUAUCUGAAAAGGAGACAGAUGAUUGGGUGGCCACUCUGUCCAUGGCUUGUAGCAGUUUACAGGGUGUGGCUCAGGCACCUGACUCAUCUAUCUGCUGGGCAGUAACAGACCGGGGAGACGUGUUUAUGCACCUGCCCACCUCACAGCCUAAACACAUGGCUCAAAGGUACUGGCAGCAAGUUGGGGGUCACAUGUUAAUGGUGAAAACUAACACUGAGGGUAUCACCUGGGCCAUCAGUCAUGAUCACACAGCCUAUGUCUACACAGGCGGCUAUGGAGGUGGCAUUUUUAAAGGUAUUUCUGGGGUGAACAGUGCUGUGUAUCCACAAACGGACACAAGGCAGAUGUGUAUCUAUGAGAACCAAAAGUGGCAUCUUCUUACAGGAUUCUCCUCCAGGUAUCUCUUGGCUAACAAGUACGCAUGGACAGAUGAGACUGGCCGAAAACCGCUGACUCAGCAGUCUAUACCAACUCCAUCAAGCAGCUGGCAGUGGAUAAGUGACUGGGCUGUGGACUUCUCCGUAGCAGGUGGUGUAGAUGUAGAUGGCUGGCAAUACACCUCCUUCCCCAGGACCCAGGAGUUUCAUGGUCAGCCUGGCUGGAGAGACUCGUACAGACGUAGGCGGUGGAUCAGGAGAUGUAGGCUGGUUACCAGCGGGCCCUGGUUACCUGUGGGUCCUCUACCUGUCAUCGAUGUCUCUAUCCAACCAGCUAGUCAGUCAAAAGGUGCGGCGACAGCCAUCUGGGCAGUUGGCGCAAACGGAGACGCCCUCUGUCGAGUGGGCGUUACUCCGAGCAAGCCACAAGGAGAGGCCUGGUUUCAUGUGCCUGCAGACCAACCAUUCCUUGCCAUCAGUAUCGGGGGGAACUCAUGGGUGUGGGGAAUAGCCCGAGAUGGGUCAGUGUGGUUCAGGAGUGGAGUGUCCACAGAUCUACCUACAGGCAAGGUGUGGUUACAGGUCGUUCCAUCUCCCCCAGAUGGUGCUCCUCUCCGACAGGUGUCCGUGGGAGACAAUUCAGUAUGGGCUGUUGAUAGCAAUAAUAACCUGUGGCGAAGGAAGAAUACUUCUGCGAUAUUUCCUGAAGGAACAGAAUGGGAACUAGUCAGUAGACAGAUUCGGUAUGUGUCUGCUGGACAAGAUGGACAGGUGUGGGUGGUGCGGGACAAUAUGGUGGCUAAGAGGGUUAGUGAGGAGGGCGUACUGAGUCGACGCCUGGGUGUGUCCACUGAGUGCCCUUUGGGGACAGGCUGGGAGGACGGCAUUGGGGGACUGUGGAGGCAAGUGUGUCUGGGAGGUCUGGGACAGGCACAGCACCACGAGUGACUGACUGAUAGAAAACAGGGUGAAUGUGUCAGAGUUAUGGGGAAAUGUAAGCAUUGAAGAGUAGACAGGCAAAAGUGUAUAGAAUAUAGUCAAGGGGAGUGUUGACCAUGAAGAGUACACAGGGAAAUGCGUUAGUAUUGACCCAGUAGACAAGGGAAAUUGUUAGCUUUGAAGGGUAGACAGGGAGGAGUGUUGACCUUGAAGAGUAGAGGGGAAGGUGUUAGCAUGGACCAAUAGAUGGUGAAGUCUUAGCAUUGAAAAGUAGAUCGUGGUGUUGGAUAGUAUGAAGUGUUGGGAAUUGAGAGCUAGACAGGGGAUAGGUGGGAGAAAGUGUUGACCAUGAGGUGUAGACGGUGAAGUGUUGGAUAGGGUGAAGUGUUGGGAAUAGAGAGAUAGACAGGGGAGAGAUGGGAGAAAGUGUUGACCAUGAAGAGUAGACGGGGAAGUGUUGGAUAGGGUGAAGUGUUGGGAAUAGAGAGCUAGACAGGGGAUAGAUGGGAGAAAGUGUUGACCAUGAGGAGUACACGGUGAAGUGUUGGAUAGGGUGAAGUGUUGGGAAUAGAGAGAUAGACAGGGGAGAGAUGGGAGAAAGUGCUGACCAUGAAGAGUAGAUGGUGAAGUGUUGGAUAGGGUGAAGUGUUGGGAACAUAGAGAUAGACAGGGGAGAGAUGGGAGAAAGUGCUGACCAUGAAGAGUAGACGGGGAAGUGUUGGAUAGGGUGAAGUGUUGGGAAUAGAGAGCUAGACAGGGGAGAGAUGGGAGAAAGUGUUGACCAUGAGGAGUACACGGUGAAGUGUUGGAUAGGUUGAAGUGUUGGGAAUAGAGAGAUAGACAGGGGAUAGAUGGGAGAAAGUGUUGACCAUGAAGAGUAGAUGGUGAAGUGUUGGAUAUGGUGAAGUGUUGGGAACAGAGAGAUAGACAGGGGAUAGAUGUGAGAAAGUGUUGACCAUGAGGAGUACACGGUGAAGUGUUGGAUAGGGUGAAGUGUUGGGAAUAGAGAGAUAGACAGGGGAGAGAUGGGAGAAAGUGCUGACCAUGAAGAGUAGAUGGUGAAGUGUUGGAUAGGGUGAAGUGUUGGGAACAUAGAGAUAGACAGGGGAGAGAUGGGAGAAAGUGCUGACCAUGAAGAAUAGACGGGGAAGUGUUGGAUAGGGUGAAGUGUUGGGAAUAGAGAGCUAGACAGGGGAUAGGUGGGAGAAAGUGUUGACCAUGAAGAGUAGACGGGGAAGUGUUGGAUAGGGUGAAGUGUUGGGUGAAUAAAGAGCUAGACAGGGGAUAGAUGGGAGAAAGUGCUGACCAUGAAGAGUAGACGGGGAAGUGUUGGAUAGGGUGAAGUGUUGGGAAUAGAGAGAUAGACAGGGGAGAGAUGGGAGAAAGUGUUGACCAUGAAGAGUAGAUGGUGAAGUGUUGGAUAGGGUGAAGUGUUGGGAAUAGAGAGAUAGACAGGGGAGAGAUGGGAGAAAGUGUUGACCAUGAAGAGUAGAUGGUGAAGUUUUGGAUAUGGUGAAGUGUUGGGAAUAGAGAGCUAGACAGGGGAUAGAUGGGAGAAAGUGUUGACCAUGAAGAGUAGAUGGUGAAGUGUUGGAUAGGGUGAAGUGUUGGGAAUAGAGAGCUAGACAGGGGAUAUGUGGGAGAAAGUGCUGACCAUGAAGAGUAGACGGGGAAGUGUUGGAUAGGGUGAAGUGUUGGGAACAUAGAGAUAGACAGGGGAGAGAUGGGAGAAAGUGCUGACCAUGAAGAGUAGACGGGGAAGUGUUGGAUAGGGUGAAGUGUUGGGAAUAGAGAGCUAGACAGGGGAUAGAUGGGAGAAAGUGUUGACCAUGAGGAGUACACGGUGAAGUGUUGGAUAGGUUGAAGUGUUGGGAAUAGAGAGAUAGACAGGGGAUAGAUGGGAGAAAGUGUUGACCAUGAAGAGUAGAUGGUGAAGUGUUGGAUAUGGUGAAGUGUUGGGAACAGAGAGAUAGACAGGGGAUAGAUGUGAGAAAGUGUUGACCAUGAGGAGUACACGGUGAAGUGUUGGAUAGGGUGAAGUGUUGGGAAUAGAGAGAUAGACAGGGGAGAGAUGGGAGAAAGUGCUGACCAUGAAGAGUAGAUGGUGAAGUGUUGGAUAGGGUGAAGUGUUGGGAACAUAGAGAUAGACAGGGGAGAGAUGGGAGAAAGUGCUGACCAUGAAGAGUAGACGGGGAAGUGUUCGAUAGGGUGAAGUGUUGGGUGAAUAAAGAGUUAGACAGGGGAGAGAUGGGAGAAAGUGUUGACCAUGAAGAUUAAACAGUGGGAGUGUUAGCAUUGUAAAGUAGAGAAUGGGAAAUGGUAGCCUUGAAGAUUAGGUCUUAAGUUAGCCAUGGACAAAAAGGGUGAAUGUGUUGACAGGGGAAGAUGUUGGCAUUGAAGAGUAGAGAAGGGAAAAGUCUGAUGGUGAAGAGUAUAGAGGGGAAAUGUUAGCAAUAAAUAAAAAGUGUCGACAGGGCGGAAAGUGUUAGCAAUAAAAAGUACCUCUAAAUAUCAGUAGAUUUUACAAAAUAGACAGGGUAGUAGCAGUGGGCUGAAAGCAGCAAAAAUGGUUGUAUCUGAGUUUGUAGUGUUAAAAAAGUUUAAAAGUGUAUGCACAUGUGGGUCGGCUGUGAAGAAUAGCUGUUGAGUAUCGCAUUGUACAACAUUAAAUAUAUUUUGAAAUUGCUUCAGCGGAAAGAGCUUUACACUGACUCCAUAUUUUGUGUCUUUCCUCCAUGUCAUCAGUAGCAAAAUCUUUGGCAUUCCUAAUCAGACUUACUGCGUGCGCACAGUUAUUGCUAUGUAUCUUUAUCAUGAAUUUAUAGUUGUCAUACUGGCUACGAUAUUGUUUACCUACAUGUAAGUACUGUAACCAGUUUAAUCCCAGUGAUGAUGGGGUAUCACUUGUGAGUGGUGCACUUAUAUUCUUCAUCAGUGGGAUCUGAUGGGAUAUCACUUGUGAGUGGUGCACCUAGAUUCUUCAUCUGUGGGAUCUGAUGGGAUAUCACUUGUGAGUGGUGCACAUAGAUUCUACAUCUGUGGGAUAUGAUGGGAUAUCACUGCUGAGUGGUGCGCCUAGAUCCUUCAUCUGAGGGAUAUGAUGGGAUAUCACUUGUGAGUGGUGUGCCUAGAUCCUUCAUCUGUGGGAUAUGAUAGGAUAUCACUUGUGAGUGGUGCACAUAGAUUCUACAUCUGUGGGAUAUGAUGGGAUAUCACUUGUGAGUGGUGCACCUAGAUUCUGCAUCUGUGGGAUAUGAUGGGAUAUCACUUCUGGCGGGUGCACCUAGAUUCUGCAUCCGUGGGAUAUGAUGGGAUAUCACUUCUGCCGGCUGCAUCUAGAUUCUACAUCUGUGGGAUAUGAUGGGAUAUCACUGCUGAGUGGUGCACCUAGAUUUUGCAUCUGUGAGGUAUGAUGGAAUACACCACACUUUAGGUAUUCAAUUAUGCAGAAUGUUUUAUCCCAUUGGGCUACCUUCUGUGAUAUUGUACAUAUAUUUCAUUCACCCUUAAGUUUUAGUGCUACAAUCAAAUUGACCAUCGGAUUGAGAUAUUAAAAACAGUAUUAUCAGCUGUUUAAGUGGACAGUGUUGUCAUGAUAGACUAAUGUUUCCUACUCGGGAUCUUCUCGGUCAACAAAAGCCAGUUGCUGCGACGUUUUCGGAAAGUGAAGAGCUAAAUACACUUCCUUGAAGAUGGUUAUUUUUUACCUCCAACAAUCAGCUCUGUAUGUCGCUCUGCCUGUUUGUUGGUCGUUCGGGUGAUCAGAUCUGUAUGUCAUUCUGCCUGUUGGUUAGUCGAUCGGGUGAUCAGCUCUGUAUGUCGCUCUGCCUGUCACUCUGUCUGUUGGUUGGUCAAUCAGGUGAUCAGCUCUGUAUGUCGCUCUGCCUGUUGGUUGGUCAAUUGGGUGAUCGAAGUGUUUUACGUCUUGUCUUUUAAUAUGGCUUAGUGAAUUAAUGAAUAACCUGAGCACAAGGCUACAUGGACUUAUGUAAGAUGUCUCAGGUAUUGUGAAUUUGCGCUUAUUUACAGGUGUAAAAACCCUGCCUUGUUGGCUGUAUUCCAUUAUCACAAACUAGUGCUUUGUUUGGUACAUACAUUUGUGUGGGGACAGUGCUGGGGGUCCUGUUUUACAUUCCAUCUGACUGAUCUAAUAACAAUAAUUCCACCCGCUCUCCUGUCUGACUCUGGUGUAAUAAAAUGGUAAUUGGCAUGAAAUCAUCAUUCUUUCGUGAUUUUCCAGUUUGUUCUGAGUAUGAUACUGUCUGGAUUAAUUCACAGAUCCAUGAGCCCUGAUUAUUGCUAUGCAUAUCAAGGGUGGGGGUAAGACUAAGGGGUAAAC